AUGGCGCGAUCUCGACCUUCCCGUCCUCUAAUCUGCGUCAUCGGAGCGACGGGAACGGGCAAGUCCCAAGUACGUCCUCUGCUACGGAUGGGUUUCAAUAUGCUGACCACCACAGACAGCUCGCAGUGGAGAUCGCGAAGCGCUACAAUGGCGAAAUCAUCAACGGCGAUGCGAUGCAGCUCUACGCCGGCCUCCCCGUCAUCACGAAUAAAAUCACGCCGGAGGAGAGACAAGGCAUACCGCACCAUCUGCUGGGAUGUAUAGGACUACACGAACAGACUUGGGUGGUCGGGGCUUUUGUUCGCAACGCACUGAAGGUGAUUGAGGAGAUUCGAUCGAGGGGGAAAUUGCCGAUACUCGUUGGAGGGACGCAUUACUACACUCAGAGUCUGCUUUUCAAGGAUCGAUUGGCGGAGAAGGAGGAAGCGGAAGAGGAAUUCGUGGAGAACAUGGCGGAUAAGUGGCCGAUUCUGAAUGAGUCUACGGCAAUGCUGCUUGAGGAAUUGAAGAGGGUUGAUCCGGUUAUGGCUGAGAGGUGGCAUCCGAAAGAUCGGCGAAAGAUUCAGAGAAGCUUGGAGAUAUACCUUCAGACUGGUCGGAAAGCGUCGGAUAUCUACGCCGAUCAGCGGGCUCGUAAGAGUGCCAAUGGAGAUGCUGAAGAUUUUCGAAUACCCGACGGCCUCAGUAUGCGAUUCUCCACCUUACUUUUCUGGAUCCACGCUGAGACCAACGCGCUGAGGGACCGCUUAGAUCAGCGUGUCGAGAAGAUGCUCCAGCAUGGCCUCCUUGAGGAAGUCGACAUGCUCACCGAUUAUGCCCGAAGUCAGGCUGAGGAAGGCGAAGCAGUGGACGAGACUCGCGGCAUCUGGGUCAGCAUCGGAUAUAAGGAAUUCAAAAGCUACGCACUCGCGCGACAACAAGAUUGCACAGAUGUCAAGCGACUCUCGAAACUCAAGGCCGAAGGAGUCGAGAAGACACAGAUAGCCACUCGCCAGUAUUCCAAGCGACAGGUCAAGUGGAUCCGCAUCAAACUCGUCAAUGCUCUUGCAGAUGCCGGUGCUACGGAUCGUCUCUACCUCCUGGACGGGUCCGAUGUGUCCAACUUCGCGGACGUCGUGGUGCGUCCUGCUCUGGAGUUGACAGAACAGUUCUUACAGGGGCAAAAUAUGCCCUCGCCUUCUUCGCUCUCCCCCGUUGCCGCAGAACUACUGGUACCGAAGCGCGAAGAUUUCGCUGCUACUCCACAGAUGUGGACAAAGCAGCAUUGCUCGGCUUGUGAAGUGACAUGCGUUACGCCGGAGCAAUGGAAAAUGCACACAGGCAGCAAGAAGCACAAGAAGCUCGUUGCAAAGGAGAAGAAGAAUGAGACGACUCCAGAUGCACCUGCUUGA